AUGUUUCAAGGGGAAAUAAGCUUAAACUAAUGCUUCAGAAACGUGAAGCCCCUGUUGCCGCAAAGCCCGAGGUGUUAGUGAAAGAAACAGUGGCCAAGGAGUUCCUAAGCAGCCUGAGACGCCAGAGGCGCCAGCUCUGGGACCGAAGCCAGCCCGACGUCCAGCAGUGGUACCAGCAGUUCCUCUACCUGGGGUUCGACGAGGCGAAAUUUGAAGAUGACAUCUCCUACUGGACAAGCUUAGGGCGUGCUCGUAAUGAAUACUACGGUGGGUACUACCAGCACCACUAUGAUGAAGAUUCACCAAUUGGUCCACAAAAUCCACACACCUUCAGGCAUGGAGCAGGUGUCAACUAUGAUGAUUACUAA